AUGGAUGAAUUCAUAGAGCUUCACCAUGGCAUGUUCGACAACACGCAGCUAGAGUACGCUCCGCGAGGCCCUGUCAUCGAAACGCACUCUGCCCAGGGACGUCUACGUACGAGCAUCCUGCGUCGUAUCCUCAGCAGCCCCGACUUUCCUUACAUCGGCCCCUCCGCCAACAUCCUCGACAACAUCUGCGGCGCAGGCGAUGUGGGCGCCGAGAUCAUGACGCGCACCCUCAGCAACGCAGCCCAACGACCCAACGUCCUCUCCGUCGACCCCUACCCUCCCGCUGUCGAGCACGUCAACCUCCGAUCGAAGGAGCUGGAUACCUUUGACAGCUGGCAGGCCCGGGACGAGCCAGAGCGGUAUGAUGAGGGGCUCUUUGACAUUAUUGUGACGAUUCGACAGGAUACGUACUACGACGAGAACCGCCACAACAUGGAGCAGGUGUACGCGUCGCUCAAGCCAGGGGGCCAUGCCGUCUUCUCCGUGUGCCCUACGCUCUGCUACACGCUCGGCGACGCGCCGCCACCCUUCAACAUCAACGGCACGGACUGGAGCGCCAAUGUCAACGAGUGGUUCAACUUUGUUCAGCACAAGCCAUGCUGGUUGGAGAGGGUGGUGCUGUCAGCCGUGCCCGAGUUUCGACACUGGGAACUGUACACGGUCGACAAGAUCAUGCUCGAGUCGAUAAGCGUGAGCGACUGGGUCGAUGAAUGCACGGCGAACCAGGCCAAGCUUUUCCAGGCGUGGGCGCCGGUCCAGCAGACCAUGUUCAAGGCGGCACUGAGGGAAUCCAUGGAGGGAAUGCUUGCGUGGCCGACAUUUUCUCCCACCUUCACCGUGUACUGA